CGUUAUUAUCCUCAUCCGAUCAGCAUCUAGGAAUUCACUAUGCUGCACAUUUGAAAUGUCAUCACAUGACAACACAAUGGGUUGACGUUGAGAUGUCACGCUAAGAGCCCUUUAUAAAAAUGGUUUAAUUGUAAUAAGUUAGAGAGUUACCAAAUGACGUAUAGAAAUAGUAUGCUUACUGUAUAUAAGUUCUUAUAGAGUAGAUUAUACCCACCCUUGUCUAAAUGCAAUCACCUGUUCUAUCUCAGGAUUUAAUUAAUAACAUACGCCUGCCGUACAUGACAUUCUGUAAAAUUAUAUUUCCUGCUCUGAAAAUAACAAUACCCUUCUGCUUCUAACUUGAUGACAAUCAUCUUUGUCCUUUUGGACUCCUUUACUAUCUCCUUUUGCUUGCCCACAACUGUAAGGAUCCCCAUAGUGUUUGUGUAAAAAGAAAAAUGUAGAUAUCGCCAAACAUCCUAUGAUUAGCUUUAAUUAUAGACAAGAGAACCAAAGAUUACCAACUAAGUAUGGGUAGUUUGGGUCUGCUUGCAGUAUUUCAGAAAAAGUACUCAACAUAAGCCCAUGCACUGGAAUUUUGUCAGAAGUACAUUCGGCCACAGUAGUUCGUGGUUGGAAAUUAAGUCUGUACUCAUGUCUCGAGGUACGAUAAUAGCCACUACUGAUGCCUAUGCCAAAAUAGGCAAAGAUGUAAACAGAACCCUCCUUGAGUCGUCUCUCAAAAGUUCCGACUAAACUUUUCUAAACUGUUGCAUGGAUUGUACUCCCCAUCAGAUAUUUGCAAAAAAAUAUCAGCAACAAUAAAAAAACAAUACACUGCGUUUUAAAGCACAUUUGAUUGCUCUUCUAUACCUCCAUAACGUACUCUACUUCAGGCAGAAUUAUUUACUCUGUGUAGUUCGUUUUGUUUUUGACUUUGAAAAAUUAAAUAGUGCUUGAUUGACAAACCCUAGUCAUUACCCAUCCCUCUUACAUUCAUAAGUAUUUUGUUUGACAAUUAAUUGAUUCUAAUGAGAGGUGGAAAAUCUGUAAUUCAUAGCUCAAGAGAAAAAAAUGGCAAGAACUUUAAAAAGUUGAAGAAAGCAAUAACAGGGGAUUAGUCGAAGGAUACUACUUCACUUUUCCUUAUUUAAAUUCAUACCAAUGGAUCAAAUAGAUCAAAAACUUUUACCACUAAAUCCUUUUAAAAACAUCAAACAGUAUGUAUGUCAAGAACAUGAAUGUAUAGCAUAAAGCAUUAGCAUAUUAAAUCCAACAUAUUAAAGCAUAUGUCAGUCGUUCUAACAACCUGGGCAGAUUCAAAACUAUCUAUUCAUAUGACAGCAUGCGGCAACAAAGUAAUAUUUACAUGGCUAAACGCAAAGCAUCAAGACAUUGGCAAACCUCAGGAAGUGGCUGAAACCAAAGAUACAACUACUCAAGGAGAGGCAUUAGUUCUUUCAUCUGAAGAAGAUUUUGCAGCUUGUGCACCAUUUCUAAAGAAAGGUGAGACUUUAUUACUUCUUUUAUUUGUUUUUCCAUGUGCAUAAAUAUCAGAUUUUCCAAAAAUCCUUUUAUUUACUAACAAAAUGCUUUAAGUACCCUCCAUCUUUGUCUGCGACUCUAUGCGUAAAGGAGGCAAACUUGAGGGUAGUGCAGCAAGUUCUUUAAAACAUGAAUACAAAUAACUAAAAAAAGUUGUCAAAGUCUUUAGAUCAAACAUAUCAUACACUUUUUUACUUUUGUUUCAAGUAAUUGACGAAUUCAAAGCAUUUGGACCAGUCACAUAAAACACUAUUCAUUUAAAGAGCAUCAAUACAAAGAGCUAAAAAUGUUUUAAAAAAUAGUACAUCCUUUGACACUUACUGUUACUUUUGGCAUGAACCUGCAUAAGGUUUCACAAAAAAUAUGGCCUAAUUUUUUUUUAUGAACAGAAUAAAUUAUAUACACAUAAUAAGAUCAUAUGCAAAAUUAUAAAUGAUUCCUUGAUUUACAUGUUCGUCCAUGAACAUCAUUUCAAUAGAAUUUGUCAUCUUCUCAUCACUAUAUACAGGCAAAGUAUAUAGUCUAACAACACAAACCAUGAUUCUCCAACACUCACUCGUUGGAUUGAUUUUGGACAAAGGAUGGAAAGUCAUCUUUUUGAGAAAUGUGUUAUGGAGGAAUAAGGAAAAAAAAAUCAACAGGAAAAAAACAAGGCUGCGGUUGUUGCUUUAACCACUGGCGGAUCUACGUUUAGGUCAUGGGGGGCACUUGCCCCCAGUGAGAAAUCUCUUGCCAAUUUAAAAAAAAGAAGUUUUUAAUAUUGGCCCCCGGUCAAAAAAGCAAAUAACCCCUAGUAAAUUUUGUAUCCCACUACUCAACUACUCAAGGCUAUUGCUGCUGUCUGCUAGCUCUCCACCAUAUCCAUACCUUUUUUUCUCAUUUUUUCUUUAUAAUACAUUUUGUUUGCCUUUUAGAUCCUAAGAAAUUAAAGUGAGUUUUUUAGGCCAAUGCUUGAUAUUUCAAUGUUUUUUUGUGUAUUUUGAUUUAAUUUUCUCUAUUUUGUUUGAAAUGAACUUAUUAAUUAAAUUGAUUAUCGCCACCACCCCACAUCGCCGCCCCGUUUCAAUCGUCUCAACCAUCCCAAUCGCCGCCCAUCUCAAUAAUCGACCUUCAUCUGAGCUUCCAAUGUCUUCUUCUAAAGAAAUCGAUGAAACUCAAGAUAGCUCAUCAUCCCCAAAGAGCAUAUACAACGAUCCAGAUGAUGGUCGACAACGGUUCUUGCUUGAGUUGGAGUUUGUCCAAUGUCUUGCUAAUCCCACAUAUAUCCAUUAUUUGGCUCAGAAUCGCUAUUUUGAAGAUGAAGCUUUUAUUGGCUACUUGAAAUACCUUCAGUACUGGCAACGACCUGAAUAUAUAAAAUUCAUAAUGUAUCCUCAUUGUUUAUAUUUUCUUGAACUGCUUCAAAAUGCAAACUUCCGCAAUGCAAUGGCACAUCCUGGCAACAAGGAGUUGGCACAUAAGCAGCAAUUCUUUUUCUGGAAGAACUACAGAAACAACCGAAUGAAGCACAUUUUGCCGAGACCUCUACCUGAACCAGCUCCUGCACCCCCAGCUUCUUCUGCGCCACUUCCACCUCCUGUGCACUCAGUACCACCCAUUCCUCCUGCCUCAUCGGCAGUUUCUCCUAUCCCAUAUGGCUUGCCCCCUGGGUCUGCUGUACCAAAAACUGACGUGAGGAGUUCUGCAAUUGAUCGCAGGAAAAGGAAAAAGGAAGUUUAAUCUGCUAUCAGUUACCUAGCUAGCUAGCAUGAAUGGGGGGAAACAUGCUGAGGUAAUUAUGAAGCUGGAAGAAGUGUCAGUUCUGCUUGAAUUUUGGACCCAUUAAUUCAAAAAAUCAUGUUAGAAAUCAAUUAUCUCUAUCCCUACUUGUUGGCUCUGACAUUUUCUUCUAGUAUUAUGACAGUAAAGCAUUGGCUUGCUC